AAGACUUUUAUCGGUUGACUACCGCACUUUACGGUGAAAGCUGGGGAAAGUCAUUUUCAAACUUAAUGUAAGAAUAUUAUUUACAAUAGUGUUAAAGCAUAAUGUUUACGGCAACGUGUGUCGCUCCUGUUAAUAUGGCCCUAGUUAAAUACUGGGGCAAACGAAACGAGGAACUAAUACUACCAAUCAAUGACUCCGUCAGCAUGACUUUAGAUGCUAACGAGAUGUGUGCGAAAACCACAAUUAGCGCAUCGGAGAGCUUUAAACAAAAUCGAAUGUGGUUGAAUGGCGAUGUAGUGCCAUUCGAGGAGAAUGCCCGACUGAUGCGUUGCGUGGAAGGCAUACAUCGUCUAGCCCUGGCCAAUGGUGCCCACAAAUUCCCAUUGUCGUGGAAGGUGCACAUUGCAUCGUACAAUAAUUUCCCCACUGCCGCUGGUCUGGCAUCGAGUGCCGCGGGCUAUGCGUGUCUCGUCUAUACGCUGGCACGUCUUUACGAUUUGCCCCUGAACGAGGAGCUAACUACAAUCGCUCGCCAGGGCAGCGGCUCGGCGUGUCGCAGUUUAUACGGCGGCUUCGUGCACUGGCAACGCGGCUCAUCCGCUGACGGCAGCGACUCAAUUGCCGUGCAGCUGGCGCCCGCCGAGCACUGGCCCAAUAUGCAUAUGCUGAUCCUAGUCGUGAACGAUGCACGGAAGAAGACCGGCUCGACUAAAGGCAUGCAACUGGGCGUUCAGACAUCCGCAUUGAUACAGCAUCGUGCCAAAGAGGUUGUGCCCCAGCGUGUCAAGGAUCUGGUAGCGGCAAUUGAUGCACGUGACUUUGAGUCUUUCGCCGAGAUCACCAUGAAGGAGUCGAAUCAAUUGCAUGCCAUCUGCCUGGACACCUAUCCGCCGUGUGUCUACAUGAACGAUGUGUCGCAUGCAAUCGCGAAUUUCGUGCAUGAUUAUAAUGAGACAGUGGGCUCCGUGCAAGCUGCAUACACCUUCGAUGCGGGCCCAAAUGCCUGCCUUUAUGUGCUGGCCGAGAACGUGCCGCGUCUGUUGGCUGCCAUUCAACUGGCUUUUCCCAAUGAUGCUUCGCAAAGCGUUGAGUAUCUCAAAGGGAUACCAGUGCCGCCAGUUGAGGUGAAAAACGGUCUUCGGGAUGUCUCCAUUGGGCAUGUGAAUGCCAAGAAUAUGCUCAAAUAUAUAAUCCAUACGAAAAUAGGCGAAGGUCCUAAGCAGCUAAGUGACGAGAAGAGCCUGCUAAUCGAUGGCUAUCCGCUGACCAAAUAGUCUAGGCUUUAUCGGCUCCAUAAAUCUCAAGAUUCCGGGCACAAAUUAGUUAAUUUAAUUAAAUGUGUUAAUAUCUAGACGAAUUCUAGCUAGGUCUC